AUGCCUAGCGAACCCCCACAGAACCUCUCCUUCAUCCUCGAAGGCAUAAAGAAAGUCUCCUAUAAAGAUAGACCCGUCCCGGCCAUCAAAGACCCUCACGAUGUGCAGGUCCACGUCAAAUACACCGGUAUUUGUGGCAGCGACGUCCACUACUGGGAACACGGCUCCAUCGGCCCCUUCAUCCUAACUUCCCCCAUGGUCCUCGGCCAUGAAUCCAGCGGUAUAGUCACCUCCAUCGGCUCAGCCGUCACAAGCCUACAACCAGGCGACCCCGUCGCGCUCGAACCAGGGAUUCCCUGCCGCCGCUGCGAGCCCUGUCUCAGCGGCAAAUACAAUCUAUGCCUCCGUAUGGCCUUCGCCGCCACGCCGCCCAUCGAUGGCACGUUGGCCAAAUACUACGUCCUCCCCGAAGACUUCUGCCACAAGCUACCCGAGAACGUUGGGCUCGACGAGGGCGCGCUGAUGGAGCCGCUCAGCGUUGCUGUACAUAUUACAAAGCAGGCGCGUGUGCAGCCGGGUCAUUCUGUGGUUGUAUUUGGCGUGGGGCCCGUGGGAUUGCUGUGUUGUGCGGUUGCGAGGGCGUUUGGGGCAUCGAAGGUCAUUGCGGUUGAUAUCCAGCCGGCCCGGUUGCAGUUUGCGGCCCAGUAUGCGGCUACGGGUGUCUAUGAGCCGGCUAGGGAGGAGAGUGCGGAGAAGAAUGCGGAGCGGCUACGGGUGCAGCAUGGGCUGGGUCGCGGGGCGGAUGUAGUCAUUGAUGCGUCAGGGGCGGAGUCAUCUGUGCAUACGGGUAUCCAUGUGCUCAAGACUGGCGGAACGUAUGUGCAAGGGGGGAUGGGGAGGGAUGUGAUUUCGUUCCCGAUUAUGGCGGUUUGCACGAAGGAGGUGGAUGUUCGUGGUAGUUUCCGGUAUGGUAGUGGUGAUUAUAAGUUGGCGCUGACGCUGGUGGGGGAGGGGAAGGUGGAUGUUAAAAAGUUGGUGACGGGGAUGGUAGCAUUCGAGGAAGCGGAGAAGGCGAUUCUAGAUGUGAAAGGAGGGAAGGGGAUUAAGACACUCAUUCGUGGUGUGGAGUAUUGA